AUGGUGAAGAAGUCCAUCAAGAAGGAGCGUCGGAAAAUAUUAGCCCAGACGCAGGAGAAGUGCCUCCAACGUAAUGAUGCCUUGAAAGCUCAUACUAGGGAUGUCUUAUCUAAAGACACUCAGUUCAUAGCCAUUGCCAAAAUCACAGAGGCUACAAUAAAUGAGCAGUUUGUUAACGUACUCCUGGAAGCAUACGCGAGUCACAAGACGGGUAAUGUGGAGAAGAUACCGGAGGGGGAUGUACAUAUACCUAACAAGUGGAAACGACAAGAGCUCGUUGGACGGCAAUAUCGGGAAAAGAAGAAGGUCAAGCGGGAGACUAGGAAGCAAAGACAGGAGGCUAGAGCUAGAGGCGAGGAAGUGGACGUACCGGUUACCACUACUAUCGAGAUGAUGAGGGAAGCCGACGUCACUAUGCUACCUCCUGAGGGCGAUGAUGAGGUUAAAGCUGAUGAGAGGAUGGAUGAAUUCAGGUACUUCAGUGAUUCUGUAGAGCCCAAGAUAAUGCUCACUACCUCCAUGGCUUAUCCCUCCGAGCGAUCAUACGGUCUCAUUAAAGAGCUGGUGGAAGUGGUGCCGGGCCUGCAGUACUUCCGGAAAAAGCAUUUUCCUAUCACCAAAAUUUGCGACUUUGCCAACAACAGAGGAUUCACAGCAGUCGUGGUAUUAUCGGAGGAUAGGAAGCACGAGCCAUCCUCGCUUCAUAUCACCAGUCUACCUGAAGGCCCUACUAGCUAUUGGAGGCUAACUAGUUUGGAACUGGGAGCUGAUAUGAAGCAUGGAGCUACAUGUAACCCGGAUGACCGUCCUGAACUGCUGUUGAAUGGUUUUGGUACGAGGCUUGGUCACAGAGUAGGGAGGCAAAUUGGAAGCCUUUUCGGUGCUAUCCAGCCGGACUUCAAGGGCCGAAGAGUAGUCGCAUUCCACAACCAACGGGACUUCGUAUUCUUCCGCCACUACCGGUACGUCUUCCGAGAUCUCGAGAGUACCGACAAGGAUGAUCGAUGUGCCUUGCAAGAAAUAGGCCCCCGGUUCACGCUCAAGCUGAGGUCAUUGCAGCUAGGCCUGUUCGCCAAACGUAAUGGGGAGGAUGAGUUCGAGCGCAUCAAUUAA